AUAUUACGCCUUCAUUUGCGUAUCAUCACCUUCAAGAAAUGAAACCACAAAGCCACCGCCAAAGGAACUUACGGAGCUUUUACUAUUACCACCACCGCUGCUUUAUGGACAAAGUCACGCUGAACCCAACACUCCAGAUGACAUGAACAUAGGCAGCAACAGAAACAGCUCACUUAAUCAUCCAAAGCAAUGGCAAAAUCAGUUUAUCUCACCGGCAUGUCUCUCCUCUUCUUCCGUCCAAAGCUUUUCAUUCCUUCUUCAUCUUCACCAACGCUAUCUUACUUAAUCCCUUCAUCAUUGAACGGGAGAAUCUUCUUUUCACUCUCACCGAAACGCUUCUCUACAAACUCCACUCCUUACCCUCUUCAAUAUGAAAUGAUUAUUCACCGUCCCACUCAGUCUUCUCUUUCUCAAACUCCUCGCAGUCGCCGACGAACUGCCCGAGUAAACUCGAUCAACUCUCCCGAUUACCCGGAACCGGAAUUAGAAUCGGGUUUCGAGAAUUGGGUUGAUAAGAAAUUGGAUUUUGAGAAAAAAUCAACGAAAGGAAGCCAACUACCCGGUUCGAGUAAUGUUGAAAUGAGUAAGUCUAUGAGAAAGUAUUAUAACAAGAGAAGGAAAAGAAUGUAUGGGUCGGAUUCUGAGGAUGAGUUUGGUAAGAAUGAUGAGGGUUUUGUUGAGUUGAAGCCUGAAGUUGUAGAGUUUGAUAGGUUGCAUCAAAGGCAAGAAGAGUUGUAUUUUUAUGAUACAUUUGCUUAUCCAUGGGAGAAAGAUAAGCAUUAUAAGAUGGUGUAUCAGCUGGAAAAGAAGUAUUUUCCUGACCAUUGUCUUGAUAAGGCGUUUCUUGAUACUAAUGUGGAGCAAAAUGUGAAGAAAACAAAGAAGAAAAUGGGUGGCAAGAGUAAGGAAAAAAAAGAUGAGGUUAACAGUGUAGAGGAUGAUAAAAAAUUGGUGUUUUUUGAGGAGAAAGGCGGGGGAGAAGAAAUUUCGGUUAAAAAUGUGAAUGGUGAUGCCAGCAGGGAGGUUAGUGAGAAAAAAGUGCAGGAGUUUUUUAACUGUUUGAAAAAACUUCCCAAUAAGGAAGCAGAAGUUGGUAGUGGGGAGCCUUAUGUUGCCACUAGAACUGAGCUUCCUCCAACCUGGGAUGGUCCUUUUGGAACAAUGGUUUUGAUUAACAAGCCAAAAGGGUGGACUUCUUUUACAGUAUGUGGAAAGCUGCGGCGUCUUGUCAAAGUGAAAAAGGUAGGACACGCUGGAACCCUUGAUCCCAUGGCAACUGGUUUAUUGAUUGUAUGUGUUGGUAAAGCCACUAAGUUAGUGGAGCGGUAUCAAGGUAUGAUUAAGGGUUACAGCGGAGUUUUCCGAUUGGGAGAGGCUACCUCAACAUGGGAUGCUGAUUCACCAGUUAUUCAGCGUGAGCCUUGGGAGCACAUCAAAGAUGAAGACAUAAAGAAGGCUGCUGCAUCCUUCUGUGGGGAGAUAUGGCAAGUUCCUCCAAUGUUUUCUGCCAUCAAAGUUGGAGGUGAAAAGAUGUAUGACAAAGCAAGACGAGGAGAGAGCGUUGAGCUUUCACCAAGACGAAUUUCAAUUUUCCAGUUUGAAAUUGAGCGUAGCUUAGAAGACAGACAAAAUUUAAUUUUCCGAGUGACGUGCUCUAAAGGAACAUACAUUCGAUCACUAUGUGCAGAUUUUGGGAAGGCUCUCGGCAGUUGUGCCCAUCUAACCGCUCUCCGAAGAGAUUCAAUUGGGGAUUAUUCAGCAGAUGAUGCAUGGGACUUCCAAGAGCUGCAAGAGGCAAUUACUAAAAGUUACUUAUAAUUAUUGACUGUCAUAUGCUGCUGCUUUAAUAAAUUUUGUCCGGUUUUUAUUUUGUGUUGGCACAGAAGAACUCCUGACAUUAGCCAUGGGAUUCAAUUUUUUUCUACUAAAAUCAAAACAUUAUAUGGGUGCAAGCAAUAA